CAAUUACAAGCGGGUUUGACCUGUGACGCAUCAAUGGAUCGGUGUAGAUGUAAUAUAACACAAUGUGUUCUGGUUUGGAGGAAUAAUAUUUCAGGUAGAUCUCCCCCCCAACCCACACAUCACAGUUUCAACUGGCUUUGACUUACGACUGGACGUAUUGGAAUACAAAGUCGCUGAUAGAACACAAGCAAUGGCCAAGACACAUUGGACUCACCGAUCGAAGCCGGUGCUCUGACACCCGCUUGUAAUCACAGCCAUGUGUAAGAACUGCCGCUUGAUCCUCAUGCUGGUGUUAACAGGCGGCUUCUUCCUUGUGGAGCUGGUGACAGGGUACAUGAGCAAGUCUAUCGCUCUCAUCUCGGACUCCUUCAGCAUGCUGUCUGAUGUUAUCUCUCUGAGCAUCGCGUUGGCGGCAGCCUAUGUGUCCAAGCUCCAGAAGACGGCAGGGGUUUUGGGAGCUCUGCUCAACGCCGUCAUCCUCUGUGCGCUAACUUUCGGCAUCUUCACCCAGGCGAUUGCUCGUCUUUUAGAAUUGAGCAAGUUGGAGGAUGUUGUCCUGGUGCUGAUCGUCGGAGUUCUCGGGCUGGGCGUGAACGUUGUUGGACUGAUCCUCUUCCAAGACUGUUGCUCCAAGAGAGGCAGAUGCAUGCGAGCAGGCAGCUUGGGAAAUGACACAAGAGACCAAUCAGGGAACAGGAAUACAAAUGCUUCGAACUUAAAUAUUCAAGGUGUCUUCCUACAAUUACUGGGCGAUGCUUUGGGAUCUGUUGUGGUAGUAGUCACUGCUACCAUCUUCUAUGUGUUUCCACUUGCAUCGGAUGAUCCCUGUAAUUGGGAAUGUUAUGUCGAUCCAAGCCUGACCAUCGUUAUGGUUAUGAUCAUUUAUGUCUCUGUUUACUCACUUAUAAAAGAAACGGUUCAUAUUUUACUUGAGAAUGAACCCAAAGAAUUGAAUGUGCAGAAUAUGGAUUGUCCCUGUGCUAGUUCAGAAAACACUGCAGAGAAAGGUGUCGACACAAGCGCUUCGGACACAGAAGAAAAGGAAGAGACAAAAGAAUGGCUGACUCCUGCUCGAGCAGAAGUUUAUUAUUAGCGUCAGUGAGCAAACAUUUCACAGUUACUUGGAGGCACAAGAAACUGCCGAAGACGGAACCUUGAACCUUGAAGUGCUGGAGGAAAGUGGGUCAGCAGCAUCUCUGGAAGCAAAUGGACAGAUGAUGUUUUGAAUUGGGAUCCUUCUACAGACUUAAAAAAAAAAAAAUCACAGCUACAUCCUGUGAAACGAUCCAUGGUGAAAAUGUGGGAAACGUGGAAAUUAAUGAAAAAGCAGUGGCGUGUUUCAAAAUAAUGAUUGAUUUGCCCUGUGUUUAAACAAGUUGCAAUGAGAAAUCUGUCAUUAGUUUGUCAAGGAUGUGAGCAUCGUUAGCCAGCCCAGUAUUUUUUUCCUCAUGCUUCCUUGCCUUUGUGGUGGGAGAGAGAGAGUUGAUCAAAACUGACAAGGGAACAAUCUGUUUAAAAACCUUCAACUGAAACAAAGUGUCAGAGACAUAUUGAAACACCAAACUGUUUAGAAAGUCCAGCCACAUGUAGUUGAAUUCCAAUAAUCCACUAUCUGAUGUUUAAGAAAUCCUGACUGUUCAACACAUGGCCCAGUAGAUGAUGUUUACAGCGCUCUUUCAACUCACCUGGGCCCAAGUUCCCACUCUACAAUUCAACUCAUCACGGCCUGAGUUCCCCCACUUCCUUUUAAUUUAUUAUGUUCACUGGAGAAAUUAUUAUAAUACUGUGUGGCAUCUGAAAAUAGUUAACCAAACACGUGUUAAUGUGUUAAUAACAUCUAAUUGUCCAAAUAUAUGCCAGUUCAGCACCAAAGUCUCGAGUUUGACUGUAAUGCUGAACUGCAUGUUAAAAUAUUUCUUCCCUACCUACUUUUGCAAGAAAUAGAGCUACUAUUUCAUCUUACCCGGUGCUUUGUUGUAACUCAUAAACAGUUUUCAAUUUAGCAUUUUCAUAUGCAUUGUUAAAUUCUUUCAGCAAUAACAUUGUCUCCAACAAACCUCUUUGUUUUAGUUUUUAUUAAAUAGAUAAAAGGACUUAUAGCAGCAUGCUUUAUUCUUUCAAUGAGUGGAACAUUUCAAACUAAAUGUAUAACUAUAAGCAUAAAUUUCCAAUAAUCACUUUUAAACAGUAUCACAAGGUUAUAUUUUUGAAAAUCAUUUUCACAACAGCAGCACAUAGCAACAAGAUCAUGUUGUUAACAUUGGUAAUUAUGGACAGUAACCAUUUUCAUUUACAACAGUACAGCACCAUGUU